AUGGAAUCUCCAAAGAAACUCAAAAUUGCAAGUCUAGGCAGCUCCUUUGCUGCUGGUCCUGACAUCCCCCCACAAAUCGAACCACGUGCCGCAUUGCGAUCAGGGCAGAAUUACCCCCAUCUUCUGGCGCAGCACUUGAAGGCUGAUCUCACUGAUCUAUCCGUAUCUGGUGCAACGUUGCUCAACAUAACAGUCGAUCCACAGUCUACCCCAUUCAACACAACCUUCCCACCGCAAAUCUCCGGCCUUCCCGAAGAUGCCAAUAUCAUCACCGUAACUGCUGGAGGAAACGAUAUAAACUAUAUUGGCGGCAUGAUCGCCGAUGCUUGCGAUGCUGAGCUCCAAUCGUCCGCGUCACUAUCACCGAGCGAAUUGGCAGGACGGCUAGGGGGAGUCCUUGAUCAGAUACACAAACAGGCCCCGGCAGCUCGAAUCUUCCUCGUUGAAUAUCUUGCUGUUCUGGGACCUGGCACUCAAGCUGGUCGGGAUAUCCCGCUGACUCAGGAGAGAAUUCAACAUUACCGCGGUGUUGCCUCUGUUCUACAACAUGCGUAUUCUGUCGCUGUGGAAGGUCGAACCGAUUGGUGUGAGACAGUCCCAAUUCACCAACUCAGCCAGGAACAUGCUCUCGGUAGCAAAGAACCUUGGGUUGGAGGAUUCGAAUCGGGGCCGCUUCUCCAUCCGAAUCUCGAUGGAAUGAAGGCCGUAGCGGAUAUUCUGGUCGAGACCAUCCGCAAGAGCACAUUAUCCAAGGCAUUGUUGUGA